CUCUCGCCACCCACGCCCGCCCCCGGCCGCGGGGCCUUCCCUCGCGCGGCCGCCGCCCGCCGCACUCCGCGCCCGCUCCGCCACCGUGCCGGCCAUGGAGCCCCGAGCCCCCCGCCGCCGCCACACCCACCAGCGCGGCUACCUGCUGACGCGGGACCCGCAUCUCAACAAGGACUUGGCAUUUACUCUGGAAGAGAGGCAACAGCUGAACAUUCAUGGGUUGUUGCCGCCUAGUUUCAUCAGUCAGGAGAUCCAGAUCCUUAGAGUAGUUAAGAAUUUCGAGCGCCUGAACUCUGACUUCGACAGAUAUCUUCUGUUGAUGGAUCUGCAAGAUAGAAAUGAAAAACUCUUUUAUAGUGUGCUGAUGUCUGAUAUUGAAAAAUUUAUGCCUAUCGUUUAUACUCCCACUGUGGGUCUUGCAUGCCAGCAAUACAGUUUGGCAUUCCGGAAGCCAAGAGGCCUCUUUAUUAGUAUCUACGACAGAGGGCACAUUGCUUCACUUCUUAAUGCAUGGCCAGAAGAUGUUGUCAAGGCCGUUGUGGUGACUGACGGAGAGCGUAUUCUAGGCUUGGGAGACCUUGGUUGUAAUGGGAUGGGCAUCCCUGUGGGUAAACUGGCCCUGUACACAGCCUGUGGAGGGGUGAAUCCACAGCAGUGCUUACCUGUCAUUUUGGACGUGGGAACAGAAAAUGAGGAGCUGCUUAAAGAUCCGUUGUACAUUGGGCUGCGGCAGAGGAGAGUAAGAGGUCCUGAAUAUGACAAUUUUUUGGAUGAAUUCAUGGAGGCAGUUUCUUCCAAGUAUGGCAUGAAUUGUCUUAUUCAGUUUGAAGAUUUUGCCAAUCGGAAUGCAUUUCGUCUCCUGAACAAGUAUCGAAACAAGUAUUGCACAUUUAACGAUGAUAUUCAAGGAACAGCGUCUGUUGCGGUUGCGGGUCUCCUUGCAGCUCUUCGAAUAACCAAGAACAAGCUCUCUGAUCAGACAGUGCUGUUCCAGGGAGCUGGAGAGGCUGCCCUGGGGAUUGCUCAUCUGAUUGUUAUGGCCAUGAAGAAAGAAGGUUUAUCAAGGGAGGAUGCUAUAAAAAAGAUAUGGUUGGUUGACUCAAAAGGAUUAAUAGUCAAGGGACGCGCUUCUCUCACAGAAGAGAAAGAGGUGUUUGCCCAUGAACAUGAAGAAAUGAAGAACCUAGAAGCUAUUGUUCAAAAAAUUAAACCAACUGCCCUCAUAGGAGUUGCUGCAAUUGGUGGUGCUUUCACAGAACAAAUUCUCAAGGAUAUGGCUACCUUCAACGAACGGCCCAUCAUUUUUGCUUUGAGUAAUCCAACUAGCAAAGCCGAGUGUUCUGCAGAGCAGUGCUAUAAAAUGACCAAGGGUCGUGCGAUCUUUGCCAGCGGCAGUCCCUUUGAUCCAGUCACCCUUCCAGAUGGACAGACGCUCUUCCCUGGCCAAGGCAACAAUUCCUACGUGUUCCCUGGAGUUGCUCUUGGGGUGGUAGCCUGUGGGCUGAGACACAUCACCGACAAGGUCUUCCUCACCACUGCCGAGGUCAUAUCUCAGCAAGUGUCAGACAAACACCUAGAAGAGGGUCGACUCUAUCCCCCUUUGAAUACAAUUCGAGAUGUUUCGUUGAAAAUUGCAGUAAAGAUUGUGACAGAUGCAUACAGAGAAAAGAUGGCCACUGUUUACCCCGAACCCCAAAACAAAGAAGAGUUUGUCUGCUCCCAGAUGUACAGCACUAAUUAUGACCAGAUCUUACCUGAUUGCUAUUCUUGGCCUGAAGAGGUCCAGAAAGUCCAGACCAAAGUCAAUCAAUAAACACAACAGCUAGAAUUUUUAGUUUUACUAAUACAAUCUUGAAGUUUUCAUAAUUUCUAAGGGUUGGAAUCUUUUAUUAUAAUUCAUAGUGUGCUUAGAAUAAGGUGACCUUAGUUUAACAAUCAAACCCAUGAAAGUAUAUUAAUUAGGAUAAGCUUCACACUGGACUGUUUUGUUUCACUUACUCUGGUUAUUUAAGUUUUCUGUUUUCAUUAUUCUCUUUACAAAUUCUGCUGAAAAGCUGUUGUAUGUGCUACUGAGAAACUCAUCACUGAUAAUGUAGGGAGUUGAUGGAAGACCCAAACUGUAAUAAAUUAAUAUAGUGUAACUUGAUCUC